AUGGCGGGAAACAAGCGCGCGGAAAUCGUUUGCGCGCGCCGGGAAAAGGCGGCAGAUCGCGCGCUAGAUUUGGCGCACCGCGUCCGGCGCGCCUAUAAAUUGCGGCGCCUCUGCCGCUCUCUCUCGCUCGCUCUAGCGCUUUCUUUUCUCACCGCCAAUACGACACCACGGCGCCACCAUGCCGCCUCGCCGCCGGGGACGUUCGGGCUUUCGCGGCGUCCGCGUGCGUCCGUCCGACACCUACUCCGCCUCGAUCCGGUUGGGCGGUGGCGUGCGCUCGGCCUCAGAACCUUCGACACCGCCCAGGACGGCGCCCGCGCGUACGACGCUGCGGCGUGGCGCCUCCGGCGGUCCCGUUGGGACAUGAACUUCACCGACGUGGCGACGCCAGAGCGGGCACAAGAGUUGGCUCCUUUCCCGCGGCUUAUCACCGACGAGGAUCGGCGCAAAAACCGAAGGCGGGAGCGCCGUCUCAGCCUGGCCGAGAUGGACGAGGAAGCCAUGGCGCUAUGGAGGCAACGCUUCCCGCAAGAUAUCAUCAACGAGAAGCAGUUCUUCGCCGAGAGGAGGGCGGAGAGGAAGGAGAAGAGGAAGGAGCGAGACGCCUAUCGCGAGGACAAGCGAACGCGGAAGGUGGUCGCUAAAUACAACAUGGCGCUAGGAGAUGUGUCGUCCUGGGACUCCCGCGACGAUCGGUUCCUUGACGCCUAUGCUCAAACGUCUGAGGAGGACAUCACGGAGAGAGAGUCCGAGUCGGAGAAUGACGAGUAG